GCGCAAGUCAUUGGCGCCAAGAUGGCGUUGGAGAUGAGGCUCCCUAAAGCUCGCAAACCUCUCAGUGAGAGCUUGGGCCGCGACUCUAAGAAACACUUGGUGGUGCCGGGGGACACGAUCACCACGGACACAGGCUUCAUGCGGGGCCAUGGGACAUACAUGGGGGAAGAGAAGCUCAUUGCGUCUGUGGCCGGCUCUGUGGAGAGAGUGAACAAACUGAUCUGUGUCAAAGCCUUGAAAACCAGGUGAGGACAGAAGAUACAAUGGAGAGGUCGGAGACAUUGUAGUGGGGAGAAUCACAGAGGUUCAACAGAAGAGGUGGAAGGUAGAGACCAAUUCCAGGCUGGACUCCGUCUUGCUCCUCUCAUCCAUGAACCUACCUGGGGGAGAGCUGAGGAGAAGGUCUGCGGAGGAUGAGCUGGCCAUGAGAGGCUUCUUGCAGGAAGGCGACCUCAUCAGUGCGGAGGUCCAGGCUGUGUUCUCGGAUGGAGCUGUUUCUCUGCACACGAGGAGCCUGAAAUAUGGGAAGCUAGGUCAGGGAGUUUUAGUCCAGGUCUCGCCUUCCCUGGUGAAAAGACAGAAGACUCAUUUCCAUGACUUGCCAUGUGGUGCCUCAGUGAUUCUGGGUAACAACGGUUUCAUCUGGAUCUACCCAACACCUGAGCACAAGGAUGAGGAUGCUGGGGGCUUCAUUGCUAACUUGGAGCCCGUAGCUCUUAGUGAUCGAGAGGUGAUCUCCCGGCUUCGGAACUGUGUAGUCUUGCUGGUAACUCAGAGAAUGAUGCUGUUCGACACCAGCAUCCUGUACUGCUAUGAGGCCUCCCUUGCGCAUCAGAUCAAGGAUAUCUUAAAACCGGAAGUAAUGGAGGAGAUCAUGCUGGAAACACGCCAGAGGCUUUUGGACCAGGAGGGAUGAGGCCGAGAGCUGAAGGAUGGGACUGGGCACCCCCUGGGCCAGUUUUGGGAGUGAAAACUCUGCCAUGUGGUCCCCAAGGAGCAUCUGACAAACACAUUCCUCACCUGCAGUGGGGCUGCAGAGCCAGGCCUGUCUUUCUGUUCUGAGAGAAAACUAGGGGGAGGUAAUGGUGGGUUGGGCUCUUGGGUCCCAGUAGUUUUAGGUCUUUCAGAGCACAGUGUCCCGGCCUGAUGCUGACUUACCUUGGAAUAACUUGGAGAAUUUAUGACUUCCAAUCACCCCACACAAUGUAAUGCCCCAUGAAACUGUCCUGGUAGAAAACAUGGUGACCUGGGGAUGUAUCUCAGGAGUGGACCACUUCCUAAAAUGUGCAAGUUCCCAAGUUCCAUUUCCAGCCUUACCCUAACCCCAGAAAAAAGAAAACCAAAGACAAAGACAUGGCAGUGCCAUCGAGAAUGGUCUCUUUCCACUUCCGCUCUGUCUCCUUUAAUGCACAAGUGUGUGGUUGGAGAGAAGGUGGUGGAGUCAGGCCAGAGUCAAGUGGAUAUGAGAAUAAAGGGAGGGCUGGUGAGAUGGCUCAGUGGGUAAGAGCACCCGACUGCUCUUCCGAAGGUCAGGAGUUCAAAUCCCAGCAACCACAUGGUGGCUCACAACCAUCCGUUACGAGAUCUGGCGCCCUCUUCUGGAGUGUCUGAAGACAGCUUCAGUGUACUUACAUAUAAUAAAUAAAUCUUUAAAAAAAAAAAAAAAAAAAAGAGAAUAAAGGGAGGUAGCAGCCUUUGUUGGAGUCUCACCGCGUGUUCCGUCUGCUGACAGGUUCGAGGGAUCCAUACCCUCUACCUGGGCUUCCUUCCCCUUGUGUGUGAGCUGUUUCUUUAGCAUCUCAGGUCCUCCUUCAGCAUGUCCACCAGCAGGAACUGGCUGGCCUUUUGUGUUUUUCCCGCCUGUGAGAGUGGUUUGUAAAAAGCUGAGCCACUGGUGAUGACGGAGAAUAAAUAUUCUGGGCAAAUA